CGUAACGGGCAAGAUGGCGGCGCCCAGGUCGUCCACGGGGGUGGAGGUCCGCUGUCGCUUCGCGCGCUGACCGCCGCCGCCCAGUUUCUGUCGUGCUUCCCGGAGGCUUCGGUGGGUGCUACGCACCUUCCUGGUCGACUCGCAGAUGUUGCCGUUCAGCUGUGCCUGGCGCCGCCUCGCGGUGGCCCCGAUCUGCCGCACUUGGUUGCAGUCUAAAAGGAAUGGCGCAACGUCGGCGCUUCAUGACUCCAGUGCUUCGAAGUAUGACGUUAUUGUCAUCGGUGGAGGUCACGCUGGGACGGAGGCAGCAUCGGCGGCAGCGAGGGUGGGAGCCCGCACUUUGCUCAUCACGCAUAAAAUAGACACCAUAGGACAAAUGUCAUGUAACCCUUCCUUUGGUGGAAUUGGGAAAGGACAUCUAAUGAGAGAAGUGGAUGCGCUGGAUGGGCUCUGUGCACGAAUCUGUGAUCAAUCCGGAGUGCAUUACAAGGUGCUCAACAGGUGCAAGGGUCCCGCUGUCUGGGGUCUCCGGGCUCAGAUCGACAGGAAGCUCUACAAAGAGAACAUGCAGAAAGAAAUUCUCCAAACUCCACUUCUGACCAUUUGUGAGGCUGCUGUGGAAGACCUACUGCUGUCAGCACCAGAGUCAGAUCAUCCUGGAAAAUGCCAGGUUAAUGGAGUCAUUCUAGAAGAUGGAAGGCGAGUGCAUGCUGGGAGUGUCAUUCUAACAACAGGAACAUUUCUGAGGGGGGUGAUCCUAAUUGGAUUGGAAGAGCAUCCUGCUGGGCGGAUGGGAGAGCAGCCCUCCAUUGGCCUUGCUCAGACACUAGAGAAACUUGGGUUUACCAUUGGAAGGCUCAAGACUGGGACUCCACCUCGACUGGUGAAAGACUCCAUUGACUUCAGUGUUCUGCAAGCGCAAGCAGCUGACAGUUCUCCUGUGCCCUUCAGCUUUCUUAGCGACACCGUGUGGAUUAAGCCAGAAGAUCAGCUCGACUGUUACCUGACUUACACCAACCCCAAAAUUGACCAGAUAAUUCGUGAAACUCUUCAUCUGAACAACCACAUCAGCGAGACAACAAGAGGACCACGGUACUGUCCCUCACUUGAAUCAAAAGUUCUACGUUUUCCAGAUCGCAUCCAUCAAAUCUGGCUUGAGCCAGAGGGCCUGGAUUCUAAUGUGAUCUACCCACAGGGAAUGUCAAUGACCCUGCCCUCGGAGAUCCAGGCAGAACUCAUCACCCAUAUCAGGGGCCUGGAAAAGGCGAAGAUGGUGCAACCCGGCUAUGGAGUUCAGUAUGAUUUUCUAGACCCACGUCAGCUGACUGCCUCUCUUGAAUCUCGUCUUGUCCAGCGUCUUUUCUUUGCCGGGCAGAUAAAUGGCACAACUGGCUAUGAGGAAGCUGCUGCCCAGGGUAUAAUGGCUGGAAUCAAUGCUGGCCUGCGGGUCAAAGGGAAACCUCCCUUUAUCAUCAGUCGAACUGAAGGUUACAUUGGUGUUUUGAUCGAUGAUCUCACCACUCUUGGCACCAGUGAGCCAUACCGAAUGUUCACCAGCCGCGUGGAGUUCCGGACAUUCCUACGCCCAGAUAAUGCUGACAGCAGGCUCACUUUCCGAGGCUACAGUGAAGCUGGCUGUGUAUCCAAAAACCGACACGAGCAAGCAUCUCGGAUGAAAACAAUGUUGGAAGAAGGCAAGGAAGCACUGAAGUCUGUUCAGCUCAGCUGCAACAAAUGGGUCCAGCUCAUACCAGAGGUUACAAUUAAUGCUCAGCAUCGCCCAUUCUGCAGUGCUCUGGAUGUCCUUCAGUGCAGAGAUGUCGAUAUGAAUAGUUUGGCAAGAGCCAUCCCAGAGACCUUGAAAAAGUUUGCUGAAUGGAGUCAACUCGCAGAGAGGCUGAAAUUAGAAGCUGUUUAUGAGUGGCAUGUGUCCAGUCAGAAACUGGAAAUAGAGGAAGUACGUCGUGAUGAAGCUCUCCAGCUGCCAGAGGAUCUGGAUUAUUUUGCCAUCAAUACGUCACUAUCCCAAGAAGUACGAGAGAAAUUGGAUUCUCACCGUCCCCAAACGAUUGGUGCAGCCAGCCGCAUCCCUGGAAUUACACCAGCUGCUGUUUUGAACCUGCUGAGAUUUGUGAAAAUCAGUCGCAGAAAAGCUGAGAGAAUGAACAGCUUAUCUGAGAUUGCCAGAAGAUCUGCUGGGAGUAGAGAGAGUUCCAAGCUAUUUGUGUAAAUAAUGCCUUUGCGCAAAAUCCAUAGAAUAGUUAAUCGUUUGUGUUCCUGUGGUUUUAAGUUCAUACACAUACAGUCUGUAUUUAUGUAAUUGCCAUCCAAUAAAUGCAUAGACAAAUCCUUUUGGUAAUAA